CUCUCCCUGUCUGGGAGAGUCAUUUCCUUGGCCAGAUGUCCUGCAACAAGCUCAAGAUCUGUUGCAAUUCAUAUUUUUAGUCCACCGAACGACGGAAGAAUGGAGGUCGACAACCCCAGUCCUAAGCCGGAGGAGGCAAGACCCGUGGCGAGUUCCAACAGCAGCGACGACCCCGACCCAAUAAUAGCAUCCUACAAUGUUUUCACGAACCCGAGUCUCCCCUCGACGCGCAAGAUCUUCAUCCUCCAACACCCCAACAAGCAAGGCGCGGCCGCGACGUCAUACCCGUCCAUCCAAGAAGUGCGCAUCAAGCCAUCCUCUGGCAUGAUCGAAGUCGACGUGCCGUUGCCGUACCAAGACGCCGGGUUCGACCGCGACAAGGGCAUGAAAUGGGGCGGCGCGCUGCAGAAGUCCAUGGGAUCCAAAAAUGGAGGCAGUCACGGUCUGGCUGGUGGCUUUGGAGUUGGCGUGCCUCCUGCGAGAAACGGAAGACGAGGCGAGGGUGACCGCGAGAUCUACGAUUGGAGCGAGGCAGUGCGGCAAGAUAAGGUGUUACGGACGCAGACGCUGGGAGGCAUGGUGGGCAGCGGGGAGGAUUGUCGGUGGAUGGUUGGUGUAUUCAAAGGGGGAAACCUCCACCUAACCCCCGCAACCUCGGAGAUCCAACUUCGCCCCCAAAUGCACCACCUCGACGCGCAAAUCGAACAAGAGCGCCUGAACCGCCCCCGUGACGGUGGGCUCGGUCAAGGGCCCCUCGACGGCAAGACCGGGCCGACCCCAGCAGCAGCCAAGGCGAUCACCAUGACGGUCAAGAGUGCCCUGACCGGCGGUGAAGUCGUCACAGAGACCAUGACGGACCGCCUGCGGCACGUGCAGAUGGAGGCCUGGCAGCGGCUCAAGUACAUCGGCGAAGAAGAGGACGAAGCCUGGACACUGCACGACAACACGCUCCUGUUCCAGGGCGGCGCCAAGCCCGGGGAUGCCAACGGCAAGAGCAAGAUACUGAAGGCCGAGGACGCAGAUCUGGAGAAGGAGGCCGUGAAGCUGACCACACGCUGGGGCGAGGAGGAUUUUCUGCGAGCUGUUGCAGGCAAGAACCGCGAUGGUGUGCUCGAGGGCUACGGUUCGACGGCCGCGGCCGUCAAAGAUGAGGACAUUGAGUUCAUCAAGAGCGAGGAGCAUCUCGAGGGAGGCAUCUCGGCAGUAACGGGCAAGAAGGCUGCUCCGGCUGCUGCCAAGGGCAAGGGAAAGGCGACUGCGGCUGCAUCGACGGCGAAGAAGCCAACGGGCACCAAGGGGAAGUGAGACCGUGACGUGGAUCCUGGAGAAGGUACAGGUGAUGAAGUUUUCUUUCGGCGCUGUUGAUCUUCACAAGGAGUGAUGCCUAGAUCCUGUGAACUAUGAUCCCGAUUGCAGUCCUGUAGGGACUGCCUCAUGUAUUAGCUUUGUUUCUCCCGUACAGAGACAUGGAGGGAAAAGGUCGCUUGCUUGGUCCGGCAUUUCAUGGCUGCAUCUCACAUAGGCAGGCGUAGGAGGAGGUAAAAACUUGAUUUCAUCC